AUGUACUUCAUUUUCGAUUUCAAAGCCCGUUCUCUUACUACACGAUGUCUCUCUGCGAGGGCCCUACGUUUCUCCGGUCGUCGUUUGGCCUGGCUUCUGGCCGUGGAGCGCGGAGACGUGCGUUGCCUUUCCUCCUUCCAGCAUGGUGACCACGCCUCGCCCCACUUGCAGUCGGUGGGUCUCGCAGCCAACCAGCUGCUGAUGCACGUGCCGCGUCUGCCACAGAAGCUACGUCGUGGUGAGGGCCUGGGUGGCGGACCUACAGGGCGCAUUUCCUGGCUCCGUCGCUGUGUUAGCGCCCUCGUUGACGAAGAGCGUAUCGAGCUCCCCUGGCCCAUCGCUCUGGAGACGCGGCAGUACGCCGAGCGUCUUAUUCAGGAGGCGGUGCGUACCGAACUUGUCACCCCUGAUUUGUCCCAGAUUUCGUCUUUAGAGGAUCUGCUUCACCCGCCCUGGAACGAAUAUCCUGAGCUCUCUGCUCUGCUGGAGUUGUCUGCAUUCUGGCUUCAGAAACAAGAACUUGUAACCAAACUACUUAGGGUUCUCGUCCCCCGCUACCGAUUUUACAAUCGAUCAUAUACACGUAUGUUCCGCCUGCAGCGUCCACCAUACCCGAAUCAGGAUGCUUUCAUUAUGCAAGGAUUUGGAGUGCUGGAGCUUCAUGGCAAUCCCUGGCCGCCCAUUGGAAAGCCAAACUUGCCGAAGCACGUUGAGGGAGAGGCUGGAUCGUCGGUCUCCGUGGAGCCCUUCAAAAAUAAGUACUUCAUCAAUCUCCUGGGUCCAAUGCUGCGUUCAGUUGUUUCGCGACAUCAUCCUUUCCAUUCUGCGUCAACCACGGUAACUCAUCAUCCGGCUUUAAAUCUAAUUGAAACGCAGAAAACCUAUCAGCCCAGCGUUGUUGAAGAUCCAAAACGGAAGAAGUUUAGUAUGAUCCUUCCUCCUCCUAAUAUCACAGGAGACCUUCAUCUCGGCCAUGCUCUGACCGUUUCCAUCCAAGAUGCCAUUUGUCGAUGGCAAUUUAUGCAGGGAAGAGACGUAGCCUGGAUACCGGGAUUGGACCAUGCAGGUCUUGCAACCGAGAUGACGGUCGAACGCUAUCUCGCGAAGCAGAUGAAGACGCCGGGUUCUACCGAUCUGCGUCGUAGCCUCGGUCGAGAGGCCUUCAUCGAGGAGAUUUGGCGCUGGAAAGAGUCUAAGAAAAGUUCAAUAUUGAAUCAGUUGAACCGACUGGGUCUUUUACUGGACUGGAACGCGGAAUAUUUCACAUUUAGUCCCGAGCACAGCAAAGCUGUGAAUGAAGCUCUUUUUCGUCUCAGCAAAGCCGGUCUUCUCUACCGUACCAAAAGUCUCAUCUCCUGGUGCUGCCACCUCCAAUCAGCCAUUUCUGAUAUCGAGGUUGAACGCAAAGAAAUCACGAAGUUCACAAUGUUGCCUGUUCCCGGGUAUGCUGAAGAGCAGGCCUUUGGAUACGUCGACGUUUUUGACUACAAAUUAAUUGAUGGACUGGGUAGUGUUCCGGUUGCCACUGCGCGCCUCGAAACAAUUCUGGGUGAUACCGCUUUGGCUGUUCACCCCAACGACGUGAGGUAUGCCCACCUUAUUGGUAAAUUUGUGGAGCAUCCCUUCAUCAAGAACCGAAUCAUUCCCAUUAUUGCUGACGCCAAGCACGUAGACCCCAACCAGGGCACAGGCGUUGUGAAGGUGAGCCCGGGUCACAGCGCUGUGGACUUCGAAAUGGCGGAGGGCGGGAGAUGCCUGGAGGUAGUGAAUAUUCUUGCGGACGAUGGCAGCCUCAACGCGGUGUGUGGCGAAUUUGCAGGCCUGCCGCGGUUCGAGGCUCGCACGCUUGUGGCCCAGCGUUUGGCCGCAAUGGGCCUGUACCGUGGACGUUUUGGCAUCGGGGAGGCCAAUGAAUUCCUCGCCUCUGUCACCCCUAUGAGCCUACCUGUCUGCUCACGCUCUGGUGACAUCAUUGAACCGCUUCUCCGAGAACAGUGGUUCAUCGACACCUCUGUCAUGGCCACUGCUGCCUUCAAGGCAAGCAUCUCUUGCUCUAUUUAUUUUGCUAACGUGAGUGGUGCGUUGCGCAUCUCACCGCACUUUUACGAGGCUACCUGGCGUGAUUGGCUAGCGUCGGAGCGACAUCGUGAUUGGUGCAUCAGCCGACAAGUGUGGUGGGGUCACCGCAUUCCUGCCUACCGCAUACCAGAGGAGCACAGACCGCAGUCAAGGGAUUCGGUUUCGUCAACCUCGGACUGGGUCAUCGCUCGUGACCUCGACGAGGCUCGUAGAUUGAUCGCUGAACGGUGCAACUGCAGUAUCAACGAGGUGCCUGUCAAUUUAGAACAAGACACGGAUGUUUUAGACACCUGGUUCAGUUCUUCUCUUCUCCCCUUUACUGCUUUUGGCUGGCCACAAGAGGUUCUUCUUCACGGUCUAAUCUGCGAUGGCAAUGGCCAGAAGAUGUCCAAAAGCAAAGGCAACACAAUCGAUCCCCUCAACUUGAUUGAUGGUGUCGGAAAUCUCAAACCUCACCAACUCGGCAGUGGAGGUGGCAGUGGCGAGGGAGUGCGAACUCUGGGAGCAGACGCAGUGCGGGCUUCUCUGCUGGCCACCGAUUUCACACGUUCCGCACUCGUCUACACAGAGGAGAGCGUCCUCGACUUUCGACGCUUCGGCAACAAGGUGUGGCAAAGUAUGCGUUUCCUUAUUUCCGAAAUGGCGCGCACCGGUCUAUCCAUUGACCCGAAGAGGCAAUCCGUUGAAGUAAUGUGGGACAAAUUCCUUAACCAAAAGGCACCUGAGGUUCCCCUCCUCGAAAAAUGGAUCCUGCAACGCGUAGCACAUCUGGCGUGGCGAUUCAACGCAUCCUUUGAGAAUCUUUGCUCGGAACAGGGAUGUGACGAGGCGCUGCACAAUUGUGUCUCCGAUUUGCGCCUAUGGUGGACUGAGGAUCUCUGUUCGGUAUAUCUGGAAGUUGUGAAGCAUCGCUUUCGCAUCAAUGGUGAUGCUCAAGAAAAUUUGGAUACUCUGGUUGCCUGUUUUUUAUGCGGCCUCCGUCUGCUGCAUCCCUUGAUGCCCCACAUCUCUGAGAUGCUCUGGCAAUCGCUUCUCAACGACGGCCACUCUAUUCUUCUUCAGCAGUUUCCCAAGGUGCAUCCUCACUCCCCAAGCAGCAAUCACGCGUCGUAUGCUUUGAUGUCAGACGACUCAGACUUCAUCCCUGAAGCCAUCGCUGCGGUAUCACGCCUCAAGUCGUGGCGUGUGCUGUUGGGUCUUGGGAAGGCCUAUACUGACAGCAUGGGUGUGUCCGGUCUGCCCACCGACGCACGACAGGAGGCUGCACUCGUGGAACUUUGCUCUGCACUUGCCGGUCUAAGGCGCAUCGACGCGGGCUCCGCUCAUCUCACCAGCAUCCCCUGUGGCGCUGGUAUCUCGCUAAGUUUUGAGCCAAAGAGUGUUGACUUCAAUACAGCCGAGAAAACACUUCAAAGUCGCCUCUCCAAACUGACCAGGAAUAUUGAGGCUCUUCGCUUCAAAAAAAAGAUGAAAACAGAUUCAGGAAAUGGCGGACUUUCGCAUACUGAAGCAUCGAAGCUUGCACUUCUUGAAAGGCGGAUCUCGGCUUUGAACUCACAACUUCAAAUCCUGUUGGAUUGUCGAAAUUCCGACAUCCCACCUUGA